AUGGACCAGAUCAAGCCCUACAUCGUCUUCCCAGGGUUCUUCAAAUUCCAUCAGACGUCGAAUCUGAGUUACACGCUCGGCCCCGAGCAGCUGAUCAAGGAUGCGCGCGCCUGUCCCGAGGAAUUCUCCCUUGACAAGCAGGGCUUUAUUUUCCGGUCGUGGUCGCCGUCGCCAAUCAGCUGGGAUGUGGAGUCGGUGCCCAACUCCCCGACCACCCCUCUACGUGCCUUGAAUGUUUAUAAUCAACCAGACCAGAGCCCUGCCGGUGUUCUCGACCGACUGAGACUCGCCCUGCCGGACGAGGACAUGGACGAACUGCUUGGGCAGUACAGGGUGCAGAUCUUCAACGUGUGGCGUCCGAUCAGCAGCGUCGUCGAGGACUGGCCCCUCGCAGUCUGCGACGCGCGGACGACCGGAAAGGACGACGUUGUCGAGCUGGAAUUCGUCACGCCCGAGCUCGUGAGACUCAGCUAUUUAGCCAAGUGGAACGAAAACUACAAGUUCUACUAUCUUAGCCAUAUGACCAACAAAGAAGUCUGCAUCUUCAAAAUUUUCGACUCCGCCCACUUGGAGGAUCCGGAUGCGUCAGAAGCGACAAUGGGAUGUCUGCACACUGCGUUCAAGCUCAAGUCCGUGCCUCCUGAGCAAGCUCGGGAAAGUAUCGAGAUAGAGAUGGGCCACUGGUCCCAAUACCGGAACGCCGUGCCAAUCAACCAAGCCGUAUCGUUUGAGAACAUCGCGGCCACAGCAAGUCUUGAUAAAGAGUUUGUGAGCAGACUAAUCAAACAUGCAUCGACAUAUCGUGUAUUCGUUGUCGAUGAAGCGUCGGGAAUGGUCUCACACACCGCGCCUUCACGGGCUCUCGUUGAAAGCGCCGCAGUACGGGAGUCGUUAGCCACGUGCUUGGAUGAACGAUUUCUUUCUACGGCUGGCUCGACAGACCAUGCGAUGCUUCGGUAUGGGAGCCUUGAGGAGCCUCGCGAGACUGCAUUCAACAUCGCCUUCGACACUGAAGAGGACUACCUCGGAUUUAUAAGGAACCCUGCGCAUGGCAAAGAGCUGAAGGCGAUGCGAGGGUUACUUGGAUUUGUCAUGUCGGGCACCAAAAUGGGAGUCCGGGAGCACAAUACGAACCUCCUAGCGGGUCCUGCCAUCGACUGGGCUGCUCUCGGAGAUGGACUUGUGGUUGAUAUGGGAGGGGGCCAUGGCCACGUAUGUGUAUCCAUCGCCAAGCAGCACCCAAAGCUUCGCUUCAUGGUUCAGGACCUCCCAGAGGUUAUUGCUGGCGGACGUAGAUCCCUACAGGAAACCGCGGAGGGAGACUUAUCCAUAUCGUCUCGCAUCACAUUCAUGGAACACGACUUUCUCGCCACGCAGACAGUGAAGGACGCCGAUAUCUUUAUGUUUCGGUUUGUCGUCCACGACUGGUCGGAUAAGACAAUGGAUAUGGUCGCCUUGGCGGUGAUCGCUGGCAAGGAGAGAACGGUGGUUGAUUGGCAGCGGCUGGUAGGCCAGAUGAAUGGUGAACUUGAGAUUCGCGACAUCCACGGAGACUCGGAUAGCGCAUUUGGCCUUGUAGUACUCCAGCCAGGACUAUCGGCCGGGCGUCUCUGCACAGAUACCAUGGGAGACGAGAUUCAAAAGAUCGCGGGUUCCGAAUUCUCUGUCCAUGUCGUACUUGGGACAGGAAACAUGGGGUCUCCCCGUGACCCCUUGGUCAAAGAAUUCCACAACGUCCAGGGGGUCCAAGCCUGCCUCGACUCUUUCCGCAGAUAUGGCUUCACACAUCUAGAUACGGCGAGACUGUACUCUUGCAACGAGCCGGGAACGUGCGAGCCCUUACUCGGCGCAACCGACGCCAGAGACUGGGCCGUGAUCGAUAGCAAGGUUUACGCCGCCCCGACUCUCCAUAGAGAGCACAUCCUCGUAGAGAUUGACGCCUCGCUACGGGAACUCGGGAUCCCAUGCGCCAACAUUUACUAUCUGCACGGACCAGACCGAUCGACGCCUUUUGAAGAGCAGUGUUGCGCCAUGAAUGACGCGUACCGGGCCGGUAAAUUCAAAUACUUUGGUCUUUGCAAUCUCUCCCCGCCCGAGGUCGAGGAAGUCGUCUUGAUCUGCCAGCGUCGCGGUUGGGUCGUGCCUACAGUAUAUCAGGGGCACUACAACGCUGUCUCACGAGUCGCAGAGGAAGCCCUCUUUCCGUUGUUAGCAAGGCUUGGCAUCAAGUUCUACGCUUUCUCGCCCGCAGCUGGAGGCAUAUUUUCUGGGACCAACACCGCGGAUCCCUCGACGCGGAAACAAGGUGACCGGUGGGGCCACGGGGGCUGCAGUGGAAGCCUACAUAGGGCAUGGUAUGAGAGCGAUCCGGUGAUUCGGGCCGCGCAUAUGCUAUCGCAGGGCGCUGAGAAGGCCGGCCUCACCGGCCACGAAGUCUCUCUUCGAUGGCUGCUACACCAUUCAGCUCUUAGCGGAAUCAGGGGCGACGCGAUUGUCCUCGGUGUAAGCCGAGUCAGCCAGAUCGAUUGCAACGUGCAAGCAUGCGUGGCUGGGCCGCUUAGCGAUGAACUUGUCAAGCUUUUGGAUGACGUGUGGGACAUAGCCAAACAAUCUCCGCCGCCGGCUUGGGUCUAG